GUUUUGGAUCGAAUCCUUGGAGCACCUGCGACCCCGUAGCCUCGGGCUACGCAUCCUUGACAUGCAAGCUGAAUCAUCGAGCUUUUGAUGAGGACUCUGCCAACUGGGGCACCAUGGAUUUGGAGGUCUCCCUCUGGGACACAGAGGUGGCGAGGAGCCCACUUUCAGCCUUCGGCGAAGCGGCAGCAGGAUGCCUCAGGAACAACGACAACUACCGGACCUUCAAUUGCAUGAGCCAG